AUGCGUUACCUACCGCUCCCUCUUGUAUGCGAAAUAGCGUCACGGCGCUGGCGAGUCUGGCGCGCUCAUACACGAUCCUCUGUAAACUGGAUCGCAAAACCGCUUUAUCUAGGUCUGAGCCUCGUUUUGAUUUCUUGUGUAUGGUGGCUUUUGUCCCACCAGGUAAACUUGGCGGCCUGCUGGCAGAGAUACCGCCACGCCUCAGCGCCCUACCAGCGCUUGGAUGUGAAGCAGGUCGAUACGCCCCGCAUCGCCAUCGUGACAGGGGCGACGUCCGCGUUCCUGAAUCGAUUCUCGCUUGCCAUCACGAACAAACAAUGCUUUGCACGGCUUCAUGGGUACGAAUUUAUCAUAGAUAUUCGAGAUUGGUCGGAAGUGCACGGUAAGAGCGACUACUGGAAUCGUUUGUGGUUUUUGAUGGAAUAUGUCCAGGCGUGUCUUGGUGGCAACUCGUGUCCGGACUGGAUCUUCUACGUGGAUGCCGACGCAAUGGUGAUGAACACCAGCAUUCCGCUGAGCGCUUUCACUGACGCAGUAUCCGAAGAUAUCGAUCUCGUGCUGCAUGAUGGUGCCGAUUACAUCAACUCUGGAGCGUUUUUCAUUCGACCAACGGAAUGGUCGUUGGCCUUUUUGGAGAAAUGGCGAGCGCAAGCCGAUGAGCCGCAAACGCUCGCAGACCAGUCAGCGCUCUGGGAGGUGCUCCUCGAGCUGGCGGAUGCGCAUGCGCAAGUGGAUGCAUCCCUGCAACCAUCUCCAGCAGUUGUUGCACGCUACACCGGAGCUUGCAAGCCGCAACAACUUCACCGAGGCACACCAGACGAGAACUGCUUCACCUGGGACACCUGUCGAUGCAAAAGGUGUCUUCGACGCGCAGAGCGCUGCUGGCGGGAGGAAAUGCGUCGCCUGGGGCAUCCGUACGGGCAGCGGCGGCUGCCUAAAGUCCAUUUCUGGUCACCAGACGGAGACUGGACUACAAACUGGACGAAGCCAUGGCCAAGGGGUUUCAAUUUUUACGCCUCUGUGGGCCACUGGGGCAACGUGGAACGAUGUCAUCCUGCGCAGUUGUGGCGACUGGGCGAUCUGCUGGUCCAAGAUGCCAAAGGUCUUGGCCAGGCCUACGCAACCUGGUGGGAUGCUUUCCGCUGCCCGACGACGAUGACGACAGAGCAGCUUCUUGUACACCUCGAAGCAUCGAGAGGUCCGACGCACCAGCAGCUCUGGGGUCCUAGCGGGCGCUUCCAGGGCUCGCGCUAA